UUUGCUUCGGUAAAGGGAGGGAUAAGGAGAGCAGAACGGUAAUUUCUAUUUUCAUAGAAGAACACCCCUGGCUCGCUCGCAGCUCUUUCUGAACUACCCUCAUUGCUUAUAGGAAAGCGGAAGAAGAUGACUGACGUGGCAAGUUCGGUGGUCCAUGAGGUUUUGGGACGAAGGGUUCUCGACGUGGAUCAGCCAAUCGUUGAUUACAUCGUGAACGUCCUCGCCGACGACGACUUUGAUUUCGGACUCGAUGGCGAAGGCGCCUUCGAAGCCCUAGGAGAACUUCUUGUUGCCGCUGGCUGCGUCGACGAUUUCUCCGAGUGCCGCACGGUGUGUAGCAAGCUGACUGAUAAGUUUGGGAAGCAUGGUUUGGUAAAGGCGAAGCCAACGGUGCGAAGUCUUGCGGCGCCGUUUAGGAUGAAUGAGGGAAUGGAUGAAGGGCAAGCUAAGAAGAAGAAGCCUGAGCCUGUUGAUGGCCCUUUGCUCUCUGAACGCGACCGCAUGAAGCUCGAUAGGAGAAAGAGAAAGGAAGAACGCCAGAGAGAGGCGCAAUACCAAAUGCACUUAGCAGAGAUGGAAGCAGCACGGGCAGGGAUGCCGGUUGUAUGUGUUAGGCACGAAGGUGUUGGUGGAGCAGCUGUGAAGGACAUUCAUAUGGAGGGCUUCAAUAUCUCUGUUGGUGGCCGUGAUCUCAUUGUUGACGGUUCAGUUACACUUUCCUUUGGAAGGCAUUAUGGCCUUGUUGGAAGAAAUGGUACAGGCAAAACUACUUUCCUCAGGCACAUGGCUAUGCAUGCCAUUGAUGGUAUUCCAAUGAACUGUCAGAUAUUGCAUGUGGAACAAGAGGUUGUUGGUGAUAAUACAACUGCCUUGCAGUGUGUUCUCAAUGCUGACAUUGAACGAACUCAACUUUUGGAGGAAGAAGCUCAAUUGCUUGCCAAACAGAGGGAACUUGAGGAGAAAAGUGGACAAAGCAAUGGGGAGGUUCAUAAAGAUGGUAUUUCGCAAAGACUUGAGGAAAUAUACAAGAGGCUUGAGUUAAUUGAUGCUUAUUCUGCAGAGGCACGUGCAGCAUCGAUACUCGCGGGUCUUAGUUUCUCUCCUGAGAUGCAGAAGAAAGCAACAAAAACUUUUUCUGGAGGAUGGCGGAUGCGCAUAGCUCUUGCUCGUGCACUGUUUAUAGAGCCUGAUAUAUUACUUCUUGAUGAGCCUACAAAUCAUCUUGAUCUUCAUGCUGUCUUAUGGCUUGAAUCAUACUUGGUUAAAUGGCCAAAAACAUUUAUCGUUGUUUCUCAUGCCAGGGAGUUUUUAAAUACGGUGGUUACUGAUAUAAUUCACUUACAAGCUCAGAAGCUGACUACAUACAGAGGGAAUUAUGAUACUUUUGAGAAGACACGAGAAGAACAAAUCAAAAACCAGCAAAAAGCACUAGAGGCAAACGAACGUGCAAGAUCUCAUAUGCAGUCCUUCAUUGACAAGUUCCGCUAUAAUGCCAAGAGAGCAUCCCUUGUUCAAUCCAGAAUCAAGGCUUUGGAACGAAUGGGCCAUGUGGAUGAGAUUAUUAACGAUCCUGAUUACAAAUUUGAGUUCCCCACCCCAGAUGAUAGACCGGGCCCACCCAUCAUAAGCUUCAGUGAUGCAUCAUUUGGUUAUCCUGGGGGACCCAUUCUAUUUAAGAAUUUGAAUUUCGGCAUUGACCUUGACAGCCGUAUUGCAAUGGUUGGACCAAAUGGUAUUGGCAAGUCGACCAUACUCAAAUUAAUUGCUGGGGAACUAAAUCCUAGUUCUGGGACAGUUUUUCGAUCUGCUAAGGUUCGUAUAGCAGUGUUCAGUCAGCAUCAUGUCGAUGGACUGGACUUAUCUUCAAAUCCUCUUCUGUAUAUGAUGCGCUGCUAUCCUGGCGUUCCAGAGCAGAAGCUUCGGGCUCAUUUAGGAUCUUUUGGUGUAACCGGAAAUCUCGCACUUCAACCGAUGUAUACUUUAUCAGGGGGUCAGAAAAGCAGAGUUGCAUUUGCUAAGAUAACUUUCAAGAAGCCACAUAUAAUAUUGCUUGAUGAGCCAUCCAAUCAUCUGGACUUGGAUGCUGUUGAGGCGCUAAUUCAAGGACUGGUGAUGUUCCAAGGAGGCAUUCUCAUGGUGAGUCAUGAUGAGCACCUCAUAUCCGGAAGCGUGGAGGAGCUAUGGGUUGUAUCCGAAGGAAGAGUGACGCCAUUCCAGGGCAACUUCCAAGACUAUAAGAAGAUACUCCAAUCUUAGGAGAGUUAUAAUAGUGCAGUUUCAGAUUAUGGUUUCAUGAAGUGAAGAUUGGAUUUCUGCUGUUCAUUUCAGCCCUGUUGUACAAUUUUGCACCUUACCUUUUCAACAACUAUGUACAAGCUACAUUUUUGUUUCUGCUUUCAUGUAGAUGAAACAUACAAUUUUGCACUUUACUUUUUCUAUACCUAUGUAUAAGGUAAAUUGUUUUUGCUUCCAAGGAAAAAGGAAAUUUUAUUAACAGUAAUACAAAUCAGAGUAGAAGAUCCCAUGGGAUUGAACCUUGUAGCGGUACAGAUU